CCUUAUGACCCGGAAGCUUCCUCCUGCAUGCAGCAGCAGCAGCAGCAGCAGUCUGCCGCUACAGGAGGACCAGAAAUCUGCAGCUCACAGAAUGAAGAGAUCAAAAUGAUGCUGCCUCCAAAAAGGGAUUAAACUCCGGGCUGGGCGCCACCUCGCUGGGAUCCGCCGCCGGGUGGAGGAACAACAGAUUUUGGGAGGGGAGUGGAAGGGAGACAUGAGGUCGCUGAGCAUCCGUCGCGACGCCUGACCGAACAUGAUGAAGACCGAAUCCACAUCCAAGAGCACCAGCUCCACGCUCAGGAGCCCGUCCCCACACAGGAACGCGUACGAGGCGGGGAUGCAGGCCCUGAAGCCGGUCAAAGACGGCGCCGCCAACGGGGACAUGCAGGAUGGCCCCCGGGGCCGCAGGUACGGCUCCAACGUGCACCGCAUUAAAAACAUGUUCCAGCAGAUGCAGACCACGACCGGGGGCGACGUGGAGGCGGAGGACGGCGCCAGGACGGUGCGGCUGUCCCUGCCCAGAGCCGGCAGCUUGAAUGAAAACGUGGACCACAGCGCGCUGCUGAAGCUCGGCUCCACCGUGUCCGAGCGCGUCAACAAGUUCGACCCCAAAGCCGAGAACGGGCACCAGCGGGCCUCGUCGCCCAGCUACUCCAAGCUGCAGGAGACCCGCCGCAUCUUCGAGCAGCAGCAGCAGGAGAAGCAGGAGAGGCUGGAGAAGCUGAGCACCACCCGGGUGCUGCUGAAGACCGACAAGACCCCGGCCUUCCAGGAUGGCAGGCUGGACAUGGUGUCUCGCUUUAACGGCAGCACAGAGUCCCUGGACAGCCUGGACACCAGCGAGGCGGUGUCCCCUACGGUGAGCCAGCUCAGUGCUGUGUUUGAGAGGGCGGCUGAGCUGCGGAACAACCUUCACCGGCUCUCCUCCACACCGCCGCUCCCUUCCAGGGGGGUCAGCACCAAGGUGGGGGUGUUGAACUCAAAGAUAAUCACCAAGAGGGUCAGUGCCUUUGCAUCAGGCCACCAGGAGGAAGAGAUAAGCAAUCAGAAGGGCAGAGAGGGGGCGCCCAGGGGCCUUAGAGGAAGGGUCACGCCUCCAUCCGAAAGCAUCAAUGGAGGCAAGAGUGCUAGCAAAUGUCCCACCGCGGAACAUUCAAGUAAUGUAGGAGAGUCCAUUGAGCAAAGAGAAAAGACUGUUGUGGAUGUGGGUGUGGAGGCCAAAGAGAUUGUCCAACAUGAAAAUCUGCCUGGGGCCAAGGGGCUCAACAGCACAGGCGACCUCCACGGGUAUGUGGAGAACGGAGAAGAUGCUGCAGAGGUCAAAAGUUCUCCAAAGACCGACGAGAUGCUGGCGCAGGUGGAGGAGAAGGAAGACGAGAACGACGACAGGACUCAGAGGGACGACAAGUCGGAACGUGACCUCACAAACAUAAGCACCUGCAGCACCAUGGGGGACGAUUACGGGGAAAGCCAGAAGGACGAGGAGGAAGAGGAGGGAGAGGAAGAGGAGGGCGAUGAGCGCUAUGAGCCUGAGUCCAGCUGCGUGGAGAUUCCUGGCCUUCCCGUUGAGGAGGACCCGCCCCCGUCCAGGAAGAUCCGCUUCAGCUUAGAGCCCAUCAAGGUUUUUGCCACCUAUCCAAACGAGGACUACGACAGGCGCAAUGAAGACGUGGAUCCCAUGGCGGCGUCGGCAGAGUACGAGCUGGAGAAGCGGGUGGAGAGGCUGGACCUGUUUCCUGUGGAACUGGAGAAAGAUGGAGACGGCCUGGGCAUCAGUAUCAUCGGGAUGGGCGCAGGGGCUGACAUGGGCCUGGAGAAACUGGGCAUCUUUGUGAAGACGGUGACAGAAGGAGGAGCAGCACACAGGGACGGCAGGAUCCAGGUGAACGACCUGAUUGUGGAGGUAGACGGGACCAGCUUGGUGGGAGUCACCCAAAGCUUUGCCGCCUCCGUACUCAGGAACACCUCAGGAACUGUCAAGUUUGUGAUUGGGCGAGAGAAGCCGGGCGAGCAGAGCGAAGUGGCCCAGCUCAUCCAGCAGACCCUGGAGCAGGAGCGCUGGCAGAGGGAAAUGAUGGAGCAACGGUACAACCAAUACAUGGAUGAACAAGAGGGUGGUGAAUAUGGCACAGAUGAGGAAGAGGAUGAGGACGACGAGGCCAGCCCGCCGUAUCCCAGCGCCAUCGAGGUGUUUGACCUGGCGGAGAACGAGGACAUGUCGCCUCUGGAGACGGAUCCUGAGAAGCUCGCCCACAAAUAUAAAGAGCUCCAGAUAAAGCAUGCUGUGACUCAGGCGGAGAUCCAGCAGCUGAAGAGAAAGCUGCACCACGCUGAGCAGGAGAAGCAGCGCUGGCGAAUGGACAAGGCUCAGCUGGAGCAGACCCUGCAGGAGAACAAAGAGCGGAUGGAGAAGCUGGAGGGCUACUGGAUGGAGGCGCAGAGCCUGUGUCAGGCUGUGGAUGAGCACCUGAAGGAGACGCAGGCCCAGUAUCAGGCCCUGGAGCGCAAAUAUAGCAAAGCCAAGCGGCUGAUCAAGGAGUAUCAGCAGAAGGAGAUUGAGUACCUAAAGAAGGAGACCCAGCGUUGUGCGCAGGUUGGAGCCGAGGCAUCUCUUCUGAAGGAGGAGUCGGGACAACUUCAGGAACAGGUGGCUGACCUGGAGGUCAGAGUGGAGGAGCUUAAAUCUGAGCCCUUAUAAAAGCCCUUUUUCAUUCCAUGUUAACCUGAUGAACUGAACUGCAGGGUAUCUUUGUCUCUAUCGUGAGCCCGGUCGUACACCGAGUCCUCAGGCUUUGUGUUUCGGCCAUUUAACCCUCUUACCCCCAUUUUUUUUGUUACCGUUCACUAAAAUGACAAAACGCAACAAGCAUAGACUCUGAUGAGCUCUAAAUGUACCUUUUCCUUUUAUUUCAGUUUGUUUUUACCCAUAAUUUGUUGUUUUGUGACAGACCAAGCUGUUGCUUUUAAUUGCCAAAAACAAAAACCCUUUCUUUGGUUUUUACCUACUUUUUGUGACCCUUUUUUUUCUCUCAGUUUUUGUACAGAUGUGAUGCUGUGUGUUUUUUGGUUUGGUUUGUAAAAAAUUUUAAUGUGGACAACAUUUAACAUAAUAUAAACCGAGAUUUGGAAGGUUGUUGUAAAUUUUCCGUGAUAGAGAUGUGGUACGAAGGAAGGAGUUUGCACCGAAGAAGCCGCGGCGCAACACGCCGACGGAACGAAGAGAACGAGUGGGACAUGAUUUCUAAACCGUAGUAACAGUAACCUUCUUUUAGGUGUCUCGUCACCUAACCUUGCUGCCUACUUUCCAGAAGUGUUUGUGUAUUUUCUACACACUAAAACCCAUCAACAAGCGAUCAUUCCUCCGGUUCCAUCCCCUUGUGUCUUUAGAAGAGGUACCACACGAAACAAACCUGCAACUUCUGUGCCACAGGUGACAACGGAUCUGUUUUUCCCUCCAGAUGGACGUUGCUAAGGACUUGUGUAACUGGAAUUACUGAUACCUGAACCAUUACCAGACUGGGAACAUUUCUAUUUAUUUUUUUGUCCUUUCCCAAAGUCGUUACCAGCAGAGAAGUUUUCGUCUCGAACCAGCAGCUGCACUUGACAACCACCGCGUGUAGCACAUGGAAAAACACUGCCAGGUUUCUUACCUGUUUUCGGUUCAUGCACCGUUUGAAGCAGUCACCUGUCAUUGCAGUAUGUUUGUAUAGUUUCAGGUCAGACUUCAAUAUUUUCAAAUUGCGUAAUAUUUAUAACGUAGUCAAGAAAAAAAAAUGGACAAAAGCAAAGAAAAAGGUAAUCGAAUAGACGAAGCUGUACUGUGUCAUGUUAAAACCGAGUAGUAGAUGAGGGUGGUUAUGAAAACAAAACCUAGGAUUACUUAAUUUAAAAAAAAAAACAACAAAAAAAAACAGGCAUGGUUAUGACUAUUU